GUUAAAGGUGAUGUUUAAAGGUGCAUCAGAGCCUUAAACCUGUUAAUAUGGGUGCCUGGAUGUGCUGUUGGAUUUUAUGGAUUUCAGCUGUACUAAUUACUCACUCGUUCGUCUUAAAACAAUCACCGGGACUCACACAGGUCUCAGUUGGUGGUUCUGUAGAAUUAAGAUGUAUAUUUGAGCAGACCGUUAGGUACUGCUAUACUGAUGCUGCAUGGCAAAAGUUGAAUCUACGGAUUGGAAAACUCACGACAGUGGAUACUAUCCAUGAGAAUACAAUUAAAAAACAUGAUGAUAAAACUUGCGUUUUGACUCUAAAUAAAUUAACCAAGAAAGAUUCAGGCAUGUACUACUGCUUUAGCCAUUACAACCAAAUGGCUGUGAUCGGCAAUGGGACCAGGGUGAUCGUAACAGUAGAUCACUCUGAACCAAAACUCUCCAUCUUAUACUCACCACAUGAACCUGACUCUCCAUCGGUAUCGCUGCAGUGUCUUGUGCCUGAGCUUGUCCCGUCUCAGGUGCGCGUGUUCUGGAUGAUUGGACAGAAUGUGUAUUCUGGAUGGGCCGAGUCCGCCUGGACAGACAACACUGAUUCAGCCACAGAAUUCACACGGGCUCAUCUCUCUGUUCCUGUAGAGGAGUGGAACGAAACUGAUGAAAUUCACUGCUUUGCUGAAUAUAACGGCAAGAACAUCUCCAAAACUCUGAUGCGAAGCGGACUGAAUCAAAGAACUUUGUGGAUUCUGUACUGUGGCUGGGGGACAGUUUUGCUGGCUAUGGCUGUGGUCUUCUCCAUUUGUUUAUGCCAAGGUAAACAGAGUACAGCAACUGCAGAAAUGUCCUCUGUAAUGUUUUACUCUGUGGAUCCCGUCAAUUUAGGUCUGAAUUUAAGUCCAACAAAAAACUAAAGGGUGUCACUGGAGAUCAGUAUUAUUGAAAAGAAUGUAUAAGAAUGUUAGAGUACACCAAACAAUUACCAAAAAAAUUAGUUAAAUAAAUCAUUAUAAUUAUAAUGGUAUACCAAUUCACAGGGGCGUAGAUUUAGGGUGGAUGGAGGGGAUGUGUCCCCACCAAUAUCCUCCGACCAUUGAAAUGUCCCCACCAAUAAUUGAAUCCACUUGAAUCCACCAUCAUGUGAGAGGCUAUGGCUGCGUUCAGAUACAAGCAGCGCCAAAUGCAGUGGAUGUCCCACCAAUGUCCAGAGCAAAUCUACGCCCUUGCCAAUUCAUGAUACUUAUAGGCUACUUCAUGCUUUGAUCUGACUUUCUUUUGUGCUCUGUGGGUAACAAAAUAUUUUAGAAGUUUUUGUUAUUGAGUCACAUUUUUAUAAAUAGUCUAUAACAUUGUUUAUUAUGCCUUCUCUUGGUCCUAA